AUGCUUCUUAUGGCACAAACAAAAGUCGUCGAUGUGCGGGGUAAACCUCUCAGCCGAGGUACAGCUGAAGGAAUAGCUUAUGCCAAAUUUGAGGCCCACAAGUUUUCCUACAUCAACGUCACUGCUAUUGGCUCGGAUUAUGUUGGAAAGGGCAGCGAGUGUGGAUUUGCUUGUGUCAACAUUCCAUCGUGUUUUUCGUUUAACCUGGCUGCAUUUCACGAUAUCCAUGGCAAAGUUCUGUGUGAAUUACUUCUAUCGGAUCUGUACAACAACUCAGACAAGCUUGUCCCAAGUCAGAGGCACCAUCACUAUAGCAUCGCAUCUACAUGUUUCAAACGGCCUUGUCAGAACAAUGGGAAAUGUAUGGCACUGUACGAGAAGAACAGUUACGUGUGCGUUUGCGCGAAAGGAUACACAGGGGAACAUUGUGAAACGGAUAUUGACGAGUGCAGUGCUUCCAUCUGGCCCUUAUCUGGCCCGUAA